AUGUUACCAGUACCUUCUACUGCAACAACGACAUCGCAGGACCCUCCCGAAACAUGCGGCCCAUCUGAUAUAGGGGAUGUAGAGUUAGUCACAGAUGAACUGAACCGACGUACAGUCUACAUUGGUGGGUUGUUUGCCCUAAGCGGGUCUCCAUACGCUUCGGAAGGCUACUCUAAACUGACUGCAGCCCGCCUUGCCAUCAAACACGUCAACGAAGCACAGUUGAUUCCUGGCAUACAGCUCAAGAUGUUCUGCAACAAUACUCAGUGUGACUCUGGUGUUGGAAUAGACGCGUUUUUUGACAUGAUCUACCGGAAGCCCGGGAUGACCAUGCUGCUGGGAGCUCACUGUUCGUCCGUGUCCAAGUCUCUGGCACAGGUCGUGCCACUGUGGAACCUGGUCAUGGUGUCAUACGCAUCAACCUCGCCCGCCUUGAGCGACCGGAAGUUGUUCCCGACCUUCUUCCGGACUGAGGCGCCAGACUCCUCCCACAAUGCAGCGCGUCGUGCCUUCAUCCAGUACUUUGAUUGGCAGAAUGUGGCGGUUUUGUACCAGGACCAGGAGAUGUUCUCAUUGAGAUAA